UUAGCCAUAACACGAUCAAGAACGAACGUUAUGGAUGUCCAACCACUUGUAAGUCUCACUUCCAUAGAUAUCCACGAAUCUGAAGCAAAAGUGUUUGAUGAUCAUGGAGCAUUUAUUUCGCUUCUAUCUGAACACGAUGUACCUUGUUCCAGAGGUAAAGUGCGUGUAACUCGACAAGGGAAAGAGGGAAAGACUGCAAUCGUCACUUUCCACGAUAUUGGACAAAAUCACACUUCAGCAUUUUUGGGUUUCUUCAACUUCCACGAGACUCGUCCCCUUCUCGAUCAUUUCUGCAUCUACCACAUCGAUGCACCAGGCCAGGAGGAGGACAGCGAGGAUCUGCCAGAGGAAUAUUCAUACCCGACAAUGGACGAGUUAUCGGACAUGGUAGGAGAAAUUGUGAGUUAUUUCGGCAUCAAACGCUUUAUUGGCUUUGGAGUCGGUGCAGGAGCCAAUAUCCUCAGUCGAUAUGCGCUGUGGAACCACACGAAAGUCGAAGCGUUGGUUCUGGUGGAGCUUGUUGCUUCUAAUGGCGGCUGGAUCGAAUGGGGAUAUCAAAAGUUGUGUGUCAAACAGCUACAGAAAAAGGGUUUGACAACUUUUGUGGAAGACUACCUUCUAUGGCACCACUUUGGUAAAAAAACAAAGGAUGAAAAUCUGGAUCUUGUACAUGCCUUUAAACAGAGCCUCCAUUCAGUCCUGUCCCCUCGCAAUCUCUCUCUAUUCAUCAACUCCUAUCUCCAUCGCACGGAUCUUCAGAUUCAGCGGCCUGAUCCCACUGGUGGUAAGAAAGUGCAGUCAUUGAGGUGUGCUUGUUUACUGAUAACGGGAGCUAACUCUCCGCACCAAGAUGAUGUCAUUGACACCAAUUCAAGGUUGGAUCCCACAAAUUCCAACUACUUUAAAGUGUCUGACAGUGGUGGUAUGCCUUUGGAGGAGCAGCCUCACAAAGUUGCUACAUCACUGAUCUUGUUUCUUCAAGGCCUUGGCUACAUGACUCGCCUUCACACAAAUCCUCCCAAAGUCACACCACCAGCUACAAGAGAACCAAGUGUGUGUUAAAGUCAAACCAAGCCACACCUCAGUGGUAACACAGUCUUCACUAUCAGUCAAACUACUGAUCACAAGUUAUUAUCAGAGCACAAGAAAAUACAAAAGAAGUUUUAAAUAAUUCAAAUUAAUUGACAACGUAGUACAGUACAGGAACCUCAAAUCAGAGGCUGCUGGUCAGAGAGUAAGACCAUGAAGAGCUCUAUGUCCCUUUACCCUUUAUCCCCCAACAGUUUGUGGCUUCUAAUUUCUCCACACAGUAUUGCCCUUGAAUCAAAUAUAAAGGUCAUGAGAAAAAAGGAAAUGAUCACCAAUUUAAGAAGGUCCUGAUUGUACAACAAAUUCUCCUUUUCAGUAUCAUAGGAAAUGUCACAGUACAUUGUAGAGAAUAUGGAUAUUAAUCCUAGAUAGUAAAAGGGUAACCCUUUCACUCCCCAACACCUAAAUAUCAUUCUCUGUAGUACAGUCUGCCAAGCAUGUCUGAUAAUUUUAUCAGAGGAUAUGGUGUUAAUCCAAACAACAUUCCUGGUGGAUAUUUUUCUUUCUUCUCAUCACCUUCCUACCUGAAAAUACACAGAUACUGUACAGAGAAAUUUCCUUUUGUUUACUCCUACUUGUGAGGAUUACUUGAAAUAAUGACAACUUGAUGCAUGAAGUAGUUUUCACGAUAACGUGUAAAGAGAGAAGGCUAAAGCCUGAAUGAUUAUCUGUGUGACUCAUUCCGUAUCAUUUGUCAUUCUCAAAUAGUAGCAUGGUAUAGAAUGCAGCCAGGUGUAUUGAUCACUGUUGUUAUGGUUCCCUUGUUAUCUUGCUGAUUUUGAGAAUGAUAUCAAAUGAGAUCUGCACAGAAAUAAUUUUAGAUCACCUCAAUAAUUUUGUCACAGUGAAACCACAACACCCUGCUAAAUUCUCUGUGAUCAUAAGACUAUAAAUCACAUUUGUGUUUUGGGCUGAAAUGUACUUAAUUUGAAUGUGCAUAUCAGGGUGAACUGCCAUGUGGGGAUUUAAAGCUUGUGACCAAUAGUACAUUGUCAAUUGUUGCUUAUACUUGACACCCACAAAAUUGGAUUUCUUCACUAGUUGUUGAUAAAAUUGUUGUUGGGAUGACAUGAUAUAUGGUAUUGAUUGCUUUCAACAGCUGUGUUGAGUUCAUUAUAGAAAGAUCAACUCAACUGGGAAGCAACUGAUUAAGUUGAAAAAAAAUUGAUGAUAAGUAAUGAACAUGUAGACCACUUUCAUAAAUGGCUGCCGGAUUAAAAUUC